CAUUAACGGAUAGGUUUCUGCAAGGGUUUUAGGGGAAGCAGCCAAACGAAGCCAGUGGCGGCAAGGGACAUUUCGGCGCAAAAAUCUGCAGAUUUCUAGUGUUUGAAACAUCAAACAUACUUCACCCACACAUCCUCAUCAAUCUCUUGCAUCUGAUUGAUAGCUGGUGAGUGUUAGGAACAAGGCAGCAGCAGCGAAGUCCUGUGUUUGAUCAGAGUCAUUCUAUAAUUCUAUAAGGAUGGCAGAGAAGGUAGCAGGAGAAGCAGCAAUAGGAAUAGAUUUAGGAACAACCUAUUCAUGUGUUGGAGUAUGGCAGAAUGACCGUGUUGAAAUCAUAGCUAACGAUCAAGGGAACAGAACUACACCUUCUUAUGUUGCUUUUACUGAUACUGAACGUUUGAUUGGUGAUGCUGCUAAGAAUCAAGCUGCGGCAAAUCCUAUCAACACCGUUUUUGAUGUGAAACGUUUGAUUGGUAGGAAGAUCGGCGAUAGCACUGUUCAGAGUGAUAUGAAGCUUUGGCCCUUCAAGGUCAUUGCUGGCAAAGGCGAGAAACCCAUGGUUCAAGUCAAUUACAAAGGAAAAGAUGUAGAGUUUUCAGCUGAAGAAGUCUCUUCCAUGGUUCUUGUUAAGAUGCGAGAAAUUGCUGAAACUUAUCUUGGUUCAAGUGUUAAGAAUGCUGUUGUGACAGUCCCUGCUUACUUUAGUGAUUCACAGCGACAAGCUACCAAGGAUGCUGGAGCCAUUGCUGGCCUUAAUGUAAUGCGCAUCAUUAAUGAACCUACAGCUGCUGCCAUUGCAUACGGUCUUGAUAAGAAGGCUGGUAAUGCUGGUGCAAAAAAUGUUCUUAUCUUUGAUCUGGGUGGGGGUACUUUUGAUGUUUCGAUACUCACCAUCGAGGAGGGUAUGUUUGAAGUCAAGUCUACAGCUGGGGAUACCCAUCUCGGAGGAGAGGACUUUGAUAACAGGAUGGUUAGUUUCUUCGUUCAAGAGUUCAAAAAGAAGCAUAAAAAGGACAUCAGUGAGAACCCAAGGGCUCUCAGGAGGUUGAGGACAUCAUGUGAGAGGGCAAAGAGGACUCUCUCAUCCACAACUCAGACAACCAUUGAGAUUGAUUCUUUCUAUGAAGAUAUUGAUUUUCAUACAUCAGUUACUCGCGCUAAAUUCGAACAAUUGAACAUGGAUCUAUUCCAGAAAUGUAUGGAACCUGUUCAGAAGUGUUUGAAGGAUGCUGAAAUGGACAAGAAGACAAUCCAGGAAAUUGUGCUCGUAGGUGGAUCCACUAGAAUUCCCAAGGUUCAGUCUCUAUUGCAGGAUUAUUUUAAUGGGAAGGAACUCUGCAAGAACAUCAACCCUGAUGAAGCUGUGGCUUAUGGUGCUGCUGUGCAAGCUGCUAUUCUGAGUGGCGAGAGUAAUGAGAAGGUGCAGGACCUGGUUUUACUUGAUGUCACCCCUCUUUCUCUUGGUAUCGAAACAGUUGGAGGUGUUAUGAAUGUGGUUAUUCCUAGGAACACCAGCAUUCCCAACAGGAAGCAAAAGAACGACUUCACUACAACUGAGAAUGGACAAACGGUUGUGAAGAUUCGGGUGUAUGAGGGUGAGAGAGCUAAAACCAGCGAAAACAACUUGUUGGGCAAGUUCAAGUUAGAAGGAAUUCCUCCACAACCUCGUGGUACUCCAAAGAUCUCUGUACUUUUUGAUAUCGAUUCAAAUGGUAUACUGAAUGUAUCUGCCAAGGACACUACAAGUGGGAGCUCAAGUAAGAUCACCAUUACAAACAGCAAGGGAAGGUUGUCUAAGGAAGAGAUUGAGAAGUUGGUUCAGGAAGCUGAGAAAUACCAAGCCGAAGACGAAGAACAUAAGAAGAAAGUGGAGUCUAGGAAUGCCUUUGAAAACUACAUAUACGACGUGAGAAACGCAGUCGAAGGUGCAGAAGGCAAUAUAGCAACAAAAGCUAAGAAGAAGAUUGAAGAGGCAAUCAGUGAGGCAUUUGAGUGGCUCGAUAUCAAUCAGGUUGCUGACGUAAGCCAGGUCGAGGCAAAGAUGGAGAAGCUGGAGAGCCUAUGUGAUCUUUAUCUGCGUAACUAAGAUAUACCAGUAGCAGGCUCGUGCUGGUCCUGGUACUGACAUUGUUACUUCUGGUAAGUAGUAAAAUUUGUUUUAGCAGGAGCUAGAAGUGCCUAAGAUUGGUUAUAGUUAGGCUGUAUCUUUAUUCUUUCAUGCUUUAGACUUGAUUUAAGUUAAGGAAUUUGAUUUUUAUGUAUGAAAUUUAAGUUUUAUCAUUAUUUUGUGGCUUCAAUUCGCUACGCAGA